AUGGUCAACAGGACAAAUUUAAGCUAUUCACCCAAAGCUCUGUGGAACUACGCUAAGAACUUGAAGAAGACUUCAAGGGGUCUGACUGCUUCCAAGGCUUUUGAGACGUCAUUGAGGGAUGAAAACGAAACAGGACAUUCUUCAAACCGUACUCUUCAUAUGAUCAAGAAGUCUGUCAGGAGGAGCUACUGGCACGACCCCAUCGGGGCCGAUACUCAGGUCUGGGAUGACGACCAGACCUUGGACAGAAUAAGAAGUUACGCGCGAAGAUUUAGGCCAGAUCACUUCACAAGUAUUGAGCUGAGGGGUCACAAGAAACCGAAGGAGAUGGUCUUUUGUGGGAAAAAUCACGACAACGAAUGUUUCCUUCAGGGACGGAACGAAAUCGUUCCUCACCGCACAUGCGCUGUAGUCGGUAAUGGCGGCGUCCUGUCCGGCAGCCUUUGCGGGGAGGACAUCGACUCGCACGAUUACGUCAUCCGUUUCAGCCUCGCUCCCAUUACGGGGUACGAACGUGACGUCGGCAUUAAAACUAGCCUCAUAUUCAUGAACAAACAAAUUGUAGAGAGGGUACAAAAGAGUCUUACAUUAAACACAUCCAUGAACGUUUACAAAAGUAGACUGAAACGACUGGACGGGUCCAUUUUCGUCUUUCCUAUGGGUAAGAGAGAGGAACUUUUUCGCUUCUUCUUCAAUGCCGUCCGAUCCUACUGGAUAACUGUUACACUGAAGUACUUCUAUCCUCUGAACGACGUGAAAAAAAUCAUGAGGAAGAUCUUUCCUGACAUAAGCCGCCAUAUUGGACGAUUAGUCACCACGGGGCUGACGGCCGUCGUCAUGGCAACAAACGUGUGUGACGACAUCACGCUGUACGGAUUUUAUCCCUACAAAUCUAACUACGCGGUGACCUACGAUACUCUCUCUUAUCAUUACUACCCAGAUGACUACAUAGAACCGGCCAUUAUGGACUCCAUACAUAAUUUCACUACAGAGUUCAGGCUCUUGAAGGAGAUGGAAAAGGAGGGGGGUUCUUAAACUAGUCACGAGUAGAUGUAAGCGACCUGAAACUUGAACUUGUAGAGUAAGAGACUCUCUGGAUCGGUUGAAAAGAGAAGCAAAUUGUCAUGAUGUCGUGGGGUGAGAGAGAGAGAAGUCGGCGGUUUCACGGUUUUGUGUGUGCUCACUUGACCUAACUUUUAUGGCUACGUCUCAGCUUACCUGUUACAAAUUUCUACGUGAUAUCUGCUGCUUGUCGACUGUUCUAUGUUGUGUCUGAUUUAGUUAUGACUUAAUGUAUGUGUUAGCAUGAAAACUUAUCAUGUAUUUCUAUACUCAUGUACGUUAUAAUAUAAUGGAUGUUCAAUGAUGAUUAAGAAUUAAACACCAAGCAGGGUAAGCACCACGAGAACUAUGACCUCCUUAGGUGCAUUUCACUCGUCGUUAUUAAACUUAUUUGACCUUCUGACAGAAUUACCUCUUGCCGUGACGGUCGUAGCA